UAAACCCGCCAAACCUUAAUAAUUCUCCGAUAUGCAAAUUUACCAACCAACUAAAGAAAAAAAAAAGACACAUAACAAAAAUAACAAGUAUAUAAACCCUAAACCCCUCCCUCCUUGAAACACUCAAUCUUAAGCUAACAACCCUUCAAUUAGCUCAAAACAAAAGAAAAAAUGGCAGCAAAAUGCACUCUUCUUGUUCUUGUUCUCAUAUCGACAUCGAUCUUGAGCAUUGCCGAUGCUAACAAGAACUGGGGCAACGGCGGCGCAGGUGGUUUCUGGGGCUACAGCCCCAGAAACAUGACCUACACCUCCAACACAUUGGUCGUUGGCGGAUCCCAAAACUGGCGCUUCGGCUUCAACUACACCGACUGGUCCAUCAAGAAUGCCCCCUUCUUCUUGAAUGACACCUUAGUGUUCAAGUACGACCCGCCAAACGACACCACAUUCCCACACAGUGUUUACCUGCUGAGCGAUUUCCAGAGUUUCCAAAACUGUGAUCUGAGGAGAGCCAAGAAGAUUGGGGAUGUGAAUGAGGGAGGAGGAGACGGCUUCCGGUUCGUGUUGAAGAGGUGGCAGCCGUACUACUUUGCAUGCGGGCAGCACCACGGCAUCCACUGCAAAGUUGGGCUUAUGAAAUUCGCAGUCUGGCCCUUGAUCCGCUCCUUCUAUUGAUCCAAACACACUAAUUUUGUAACAAACAAUAAUUAUACAUCAUUAAUUAUGUUUUGUAUGCCCUUUUUGCUUUUGUUUCUUUCCCUCCAUUUUGUAGCUCAA